CUGAAACAUUGAAUAUUGAUGGUCAAACGAAAAUUAAUUGCAUUUGUGGGCAAUGCCGCGUAUAACUACUCAUUGCCACUAAUAAUAGCAAGAGUAUUAUAUAGCUAUAAAGUGGACCGUAUCUGAUGAGAGAAGACUAGCAAUUAAUUUCUUGAGACGGUCACGAGCUUCUUUCCAGUCUGUGCAUGCGAAUAAUAUUUUUGCAUUCGAGUGCUUUCAUUCGAAUUUGAAAGUUUAUUGAAUGACUUUGAAAAUGGCAGCAUAUCUCAACUGACGCAUCAGGAUAACUUCGUGGGAGCGAGCAUGGCAAGUGAUUUGGUCGAUUCGCUCGAGGAAUCCAUGAAGGAUCUCGUCAGCUUGGCCCUACGAGGACGCAGUGAAAUUACUCUGUUCGGACCAGAGAUGACCCAAGACGAGCAUGAACAGAGGCUACAGGAGUUCAUCAUAGCCUGUAGAAAGUUGGAGGCGUUUUUCGUUCUGAAGCAGCAGUCAGCUAAGCCUGACUCAGACACCCUGGUUGAGAAAGAGCUAAAAGAAAUCCGCGCUCGAAUUGAAGCACAGAAGGCAGCCCUUGUACAGCAUCGCAGCACUGUGCAGCAGUGUAUGGAUCUCCUUGAGGGGUUGCAGAAAAAGUCACCAGCCCAGUCUCACUGAAGGCAGCAGCAGUGGCAGGAACCGACUGCUCCAUUCGUUAAUUACCCUGCGUGUGUGUGUGUUAGUGUGCGUUGAUUUGUUUGUGGUGGUCAGUCGUGUAGGUCUGUGAUCGUCAUUAAGUUGAGCUGAGUACUGAAGUAAGAUAUACAUAUUAUCGCUUCACAUGCUUGUGUUGCACAUUCACCAUCCUGUUGUCGACCUGUAGUACUGUACCCAUACCAGUGCCUUUCUUUUUGCUUUCGGUGGAUAAUGUGCACUCUAAUGCCCCGGUAGAUCCACUGCUAAGUGCUGUGCAUUCUGGGACAGUUCUCCAAGCCCGAGCCACGGCACCAGUACUACUACAUUCUACAUGCUUUCGAUCAAGCAAGGCUUCUAUAUAUACCAUACAUUGUACAUGUAUUACACUAGACAGGGGCGUUUUUCGCUCUCCUUUUCCACGAAACGUGAGUUUUUUUCUAAUCUCAACUUUAUCCAUUUCCAUAGGAAUGAAGUAACAAAACAGUUAUAAUUCCAAGAGAAAGUCAUGUCGCGCAUGCUCACAGACCAUAUCACGCAAACCGCACACUAAUAUUGUCAUACGAGUAGUGUAUUGGCAUUGCCUCAUGAAAUGUUUUCUUUCUU